GCCCACCCGAUCCAUGGCGAGCAGACCCGACGCCGGCGCCGCCGCCGUCCCUCGCGUGACCCUCAGCACGGGCCACGCGAUGCCGGUGCUGGCCUUCGGCACGGGCUCCUCCCGCACGCCGCCGGACCUGGCCGACACCAUCCUGCACGCCGUGCGCCUCGGCUACCGCCACAUCGACACGGCCUCCUUCUACCGCACGGAGCCGGCCGUCGGCGCCGCCGUGGCCGCCGCCGUGCGCGCGGGCGCCGUCGCCUCCCGCGCCGACCUCUUCGUCACCUCCAAGCUCUGGAUCUCCGACGCGCGCCCGGGCCGCGUCGUGCCGGCGCUGCGGGAGUCCCUCGCCCGCCUCGGCCUCGACUACCUCGACCUCUUCCUCGUCCACUGGCCCGUCGCCACCGACGGCGGGACGCAGGUCGGGUUCGACAUGGAGGGCGUGUGGCGGGGCAUGGAGGAGUGCCACCGCCUCGGCCUCGCGCGCUCCGUCGGCGUCAGCAACUUCUCCGCGACCAAGAUGGAACGGCUCAUGUCCCUCGCCGCCGUGCCGCCCGCCGUCAACCAGGUGGAGCUCAACGUCGGCUGGAGGCAGGAGAAGGUGCGGGAGGCCUGCAAGCGCCACGGCGUCGUCGUCUCCGCCUACUCGCCACUCGGCGCGCUCGGCACCGCAUGGGGCUCAGACGCCGUCAUGGAGAGCGGCGUCCUGCACCAAGUCGCCGCCGCCAAAGGAAAGACCGUCGCGCAGGUGGCUCUGCGGUGGGUGUACGAGCAGGGUGUCUGCUUUGUGGCAAGGAGUUAUAACAGGGAGAGGCUGGAGCAGAACAUGGCCAUCUUCUCCGGCUGGGAGCUGAGCGAAGAGGAGAAGGAGCUGAUCGCGACAAUACCGCAGAAGAGGGCGUCCAAGGGCGAGUACUUCGUGUCGCCCGACGGGCCUUACAAGUCGGUCGGCGAACUCUGGGACGACGAGAUAUGAAUCUAGACAUGCCAUGUACCCUCCCUGAAGUCGAGAACUUAGGUCAUUCGUGGCCUUGUGGUUUGUAAAUUGGCUUGUACGUCGAUUUGUAGUGAGUGCAUAUGUAACAAUAGGGUUUCAUAUGAACCAUUUGUGUCGCAUGAUUGAUAUUUGCGGAGAUAUUAGAGCAACUGUUCAUGA